AUGCACACGACGGCCGGAGAGCUCCUGCGACGGUGGGGCAGUCGGCAACGCGUGUCGCAGUUGUUGAUGAGUCGCGAGUGUGUUGUGAUGGCGAUUUACGGUCAUCACAGCUUCGUCACGCUAACUACUACGGCAAACCAGCUCGACGAAGCCGUAGCUGAUGACAAGGUAGAGUGUGCUUGUCUGACGAGAGAUGGAGAAUACGUGAUCACAGGAUCGGAAAACGGUCGUUGUACAGUGUGGCGGCUGUUCCCGUUGCAAAAACUGUAUGCCUUCCAGCAGGUGGACAGUGCGAUAAGAUCAGUAGCAGUGUCAGCAAAUCACCGAUUCGUUCUGGCAGGGCUGGAUUCUGGAUCGAUAGUUGUAUUCAACGUCGAUUUCAAUCGGUGGCACUACGAAUACAAAAAUCGCUAUCAAGUCCAAAAAUGA